AUGACCCCUCCAGUAGGACACAUCGGCCGCAACCACUCCCACCUCCGCUGGUCCAAGAACAUACCCCCGGUACAGACCAUUUCAUCCGGGGAGACCCUCACCUUCGACGCCAUCGACAGCAGCAACGGCCAAAUCACUAAAGACUCAGAUACCAGCGCCCUCAGCGCCUUCGACAUCAGCAUCGCCAACCCGGUCUUCGGCCCCGUCUGCAUCCAGGACGCCGAGCCCGGCGACGCGCUUAAAGUCGAAGUCCUUGACCUCCAAACCGCCGACUGGGGCUGGUCGGCCGUCAUCCCGAACUUCGGUCUGCUGGCUGACGACUUCCCGCAGCCCAGCCUGCGCAUCUGGCACCUCGACCGCACCACUCAGACCGCGGCGCUCAAUGAUCACGUCUCCAUCCCCUUGCGUCCGUUCCUCGGCUGCAUGGGUCUCGCCCCGGCCACCUCGGACAAAGACCUCUCGGUCAUUCCGCCGAAUGAGGCCGGCGGGAACAUCGACUGCUGCGACCUGACGAUCGGAUCGAUCGUGUAUCUCCCCGUGCAGACAAGCGGGGCGCUGUUCAGUUGCGGCGACGGCCACGCAGUACAGGGCCAUGGCGAGGUAUGCGGGACGGCCAUCGAGACACCGAUCAAGGUGACGUUGCGAUUCGAGGUCUGCAAGAACCAGCCGUGGGUGAAGACGCCCCAUUAUGAGAUUCCGUCCGCCGACUCCGCCGCACAGACGCCGUUAUAUCAUCCCGUCCUAAGCAGGUCCGGACGAUACGCUGCGACGGGACUCGGUUCCGACUUGACGGAGGCGUCGAAACAGGCAGUCCGGCAUAUCAUUGAGUGGUUGGUUGCGACGAAGGGGCUGUCUCGUGUGGAUGCGUACAUGCUCGCCAGCGUGGUGGGAAACCUGCAGAUCGUGGAGGCGGUUAAUAUGCCGAAUCAUGAAGUUGCCGAGCAGAUCACGAAGACGUCCAAGGCCUUUCCGUACAGUUUACCAAAGGCAUCGACGACCAGAGCCUUUGAGGACUUGCUUGGUGCCAGUUCAAUUAUCAAUGUGGAGGGCGAGGAGUGGAUGUCACUUCGCCGGCGAUUUAAUCGGGGAUUUGCCUCGCAACAUCUACUCCGCCUUUUACCGUGCGUCGUGGAGAAGACGCGGAGAUUCGUGGCCACUCUUGACAAAUAUGCCUCUACAGGCGAAACGUUCGAAAUGCAUGAACUGUGCACGAAUCUGACUUUCGAUAUUAUAGGUGCUGUGGUCAUGGAUAUUGAUCUCGGUGCACAACUGGAUGGAAACCGACAGAAUGAGACCAUACGUCUUUUCCGGAAAGUAACUUCGACUUAUUCAGGCAAGGGUGGUGGGAAAUGGGUCUCUCCCCUAACUGCCCUGUAUCGGCGGCGUCUGGUUUCUAAAUUGGACCUGUUGAGCAAAGCAUACAUUCAUCAGGAGGUUGAAGUAGGAUCCUCCGUCUCACACCUAAAACCAGGCGACCGGGUCGCCAUGGAACCUGGAGUGCCAUGCCGUCGCUGUACACAAUGUCGUUCCGGCUCGUACCACCUCUGCGGCGACAUGAUCUUCGCAGCGACUUCUCCCUGGGACGGCACGUUGGCGAAAUACUACGUCAACGCUGCUGAUUUCUGCUACAAAGUCCCCGACCAUAUGAGCAUGGAAGAGGCAGCCAUGGUCGAACCCGUUAGUAUGGCUGUUGCCGUUGCGAAGACCGCGGAUCUGCGCGCGCACCAAACCGUACUGGUGUUUGGCUGUGGUCCCAUUGGCGUUCUGUGCCAGGCAGUUGCCAAGGUACAUGGUGCGAAGAAGGUCAUUGGUGUUGAUGUGGUCCAGUCCCGGUUGGAGGUCGCCACGUCCUACGGGGUUGACCAUGUUUUCAUGCCUGAAAGACCGGAACCAGGAGCGGACCCGAUUGCCCAUGCAGAGAAGAUGGCGCAGAAGCUGAAGGAAGAGUGCGGGCUUGAUGAGGGCACUGAUGUGGUGCUUGAGUGCUCCGGGGCCGAGCCUUGUGUUCAAAUGGGCAUUCUUGCGGCUCGCCAUGGAGGCACGAUUGUUCAGGUAGGAAUGGGUAAAGAGGUCAUUAAUUUCCCUAUCACGGCUGUUUACACGAGGGGUCUGGUCGUCAAGGGAUCGAUCCGGUAUUUGACUUGA